UACAGUGAGAGAGAGAGAAAAAGAUUUAUAAGUUGGAAAUAAUUUUCUUGAUUAUUAUUUAAUAUAUUGUUAUAAAUUAAUUACAAACUUUCGAAAAGACUCCAAAAUUGCAGUCCUUAACGGGGCUUUUCAUACCACAGCCCCAAACCCAAACUUACCAAAUUCUCCCCCACACACAGUCGUCCGAUAACCCUACCAACCCCUCACGCCUCAAAUCGAUGAAUAGAAACACCCGAUCAGUGGGAACCCUCAUCUUCCUCAUCCUCCUCGUCUCCACACCAUCACCCACUCGCUCCAUCUCCAUUCUUCAAUGGCGGACCGUCUUCUCACUCGCCCACUCACUCCUGACUCGCGUCGCCAACCUCCGAGCCUCGCGAGGCGACUCGGCCGGGUCGGAGAGGGCCAGGCUCCUGGCGGAUAAGCUCGAGCGAGGGCUAGGGUUAGGGUUCUGGAAGGUGGCGUGGUCCAUGGGCUCGAACUACUUGAGGAACUACGCGUGGCGAGACGUCGCCUCCACGGACCUGUUCGGCACCGUCAACGACAUAAACGCGUUGCUGAGGUUUCUGAAUGAGCUGACUCAGCUAGACUCGGACGUGGAUCGAGCCGCGUGGCUGCAGCGAAAUUAUCGAGCCGUGCUUAGGGUUUCGAAUUCGCUGGUUCGCAGAUCCCUCAACACGUUUCGGCAAUCGGGGCCGCUGAGGGAGAUGGUGGAGAGGGAGGUGGUGGAGGGUGGAUUGCUGAGGGACUGCCUUGAAUUGGGGAGCAGUGACCUGAGGGGUUUGAUUCAAGUGCUGAAGGAUUUGGCGUCCCAGAUGUCCGCCGAUGAACGUGAUCUUUGAGAAGAAAAACACAACAAAAUUGGACGGUGAUACAUUGAUUUUUUUUAAUAUAAAAAAUAGGCACAUAUGAUUGAUUGAUCAUGAUUAUUACUUCUUUUUGUUCUUUCUUUGAUUUCUCGAUACCCUGUUUGUAGAUGUCUUUUUUGCUUUUUUGGGAGUUACAGUAAAAAUUCAUGAACUAUUUUUUCAUUUUUCUAACUUUAAUUCAAUACAAAGAAUCUCUAAAUAUCUAAAUAUUUGGAAUUAA